AGGAAUUGCUAUAGCCGAGAAAUCUCGCACUCUCUACAUCGCGAAUAAAGGUACGAAGAAAAUAACAUCGGUAUCGAUUGCACAAGGACACUCGUUUCCUAGGGUCGUGAUGAACUUUGCAUCCGGGUUAUCUGAAGAGCUAUAUUCCUUAGAAGUGGAUGAAGAGGAAGGAUUCUUGUAUUGGUCAAUGAAAUACAAUAUCCAGCGCAAAUCUCUUAAUGGAUCUGGAAGCACGGAGACUAUAUACAGUAACGACCUUCUAUCCAAAAUCACCGGAUUGAGCAUUGAUCUCAGCCGGAAUCCCCGACGGAUAUUUUUCUGUGACUUUGAUAAGGAACGAUCUUUCUACAAGGACGUAAACCAAUCUCUCACAACGGCGCACGAUCUCACAGCCUACAUGGUUGACCCUGACAUCAGUAAACUGCGAGAUAUAAGCUACUUCAACGGCACCCUCUACUGGACGAAGGGAGACAAUCCCAAUGGCAUCGCUGUAAUGACUGAUUACGAUCAAAGCAGUCGAUCAUUCGACAUCAAAGAAAACCUUGGGUUUCAGAAACCCUAUCAAUUGCUCAUCAUUAAUCCAUGAUCAAUAUUUGACAGAAAAAAGCCCGGUUGUCUUUU